AUGCGUCUACCUCCGGCCGAAGUGCUCGCCACUUGGCCGAAGCCCAACUAUACCGAUCCAGUAACAAGAGGGCCGACGGGCAGAGUGAUUGUAUUGGUGCUGGCCACGAUUGUCACGGCUAUUCUAGUCAUCCGGUUCUACGCGCGAACACGGCUAACACGAGGGUUCGGGCUUGACGAUACCCUCGUAUCAUUAGCUUAUGUUCCAGCCACCGCUUUUGCCAUCACUGGCAUCUUCGCGGAGGGUCAAUUCCAAUGGAACCGUCACAUAUGGGAUGUGGAGUUCAAGUUCUUCAGCUCCAACUUACAAAUAGGGCUUGUGACUGCCAUACUCUUCGACUUGGCGACGUGCUUGACCAAGCUAUCCAUGCUCGCUAUGGUGUACCGCCUCGCGGCCGCCUCCAAGGAUAAGAAGAUGAAGAGGGCUGUUUCGAUAAUUAGCUCCAUCAUUAGUAUUAACAGCUUAGUCUUCAUCGUCGUCGAGGUAUUUCAAUGCAGGCCUGUGUCAGAAUAUUGGACAGCCUCGGCGGAACCACAUUACUGUAUUGAUGAGGGUUCUCAUAUGGCCGUAGCCAACAUCGUCAAUACGUUGUCGGAUUUUGUCGUGGUCUUGCUCCCAAUGAAGAUAGUCACAAACCUGGAGCUGCCAAUCAAGCAACGCAUCAUUGUGAUUGGUUUGUUUGGUAUCGGGCUGGUCGCUAGCUGCGCAGGAAUCGGCAGGACAUUCUUCUGUUGGCACCUCUUUCACUCAGCCGAUUACGACACGACCUGGGAUACCUGGGUGGUAUGGCUCACCAGCUCCAUCGAGCUAUACCUCGGCAUACUAUGUUGCUCUAUUCCGGCCACCAAGCCCUUCUUCACCUGCUUCCUGCCGGGCAUUGUCGGUACCACGCUCAGAUCGCGCAACUCGCUGGCCAUGAUCCCUUGGGAUGACAAACCGCCGAACGAGCUUCCAAUUCCCCGCAAUACCUUCUCUAUCCAUGGCGAACCGGCAUCAACCUCAAGCUCAUCAUCGACUCGCCGACAGGAGAUCGCGCAUCUGGACAAGCCUCUGCCUCCGGCCAGGAAGCAUUUCUCUUCGCUGACCGUUACAUCCAGAGACUACGCAGCGGCGAUGAGCAUAGAAGAAGAGCCAAGAUUCAUCUGGAGCUAUGCUGGAGAUAGCCGGGCGUCUCGCCAGACCAGUCUCACCGGCGUUCGGUCCAAUGAUGCUCAGUCAAAGGGCCCUAUGAGGCCAAGCGGAUCUCUGCCGCCACCUUGCAACCGCACCACGACAUUGUUCGUCAAGUACCAGCGAGAUGACUCCAAUUGCAGCACAUUUUAG